AAAAUUCUCAGACCGCAGAAUGAAGCAAGUGGUCAUACAGCGGAUCAAUCAUAUCCCUCGGGGCACUCCUGACCUUGGCAUCCAGGUCCUCACUAACCAGGCUUCGCUUCACUGCCGUCAACCACUGCCGUCAGCCACACAACGAGUUUUGUCAAGUUUUCUGCAUCUGCUCGCCAAAUCGUGGUUUAAGCCCGGGUGUUUUAUCCAUUUGCACCGAAGGAAUAUCGGGCCUUUCCGAAUCAGCAAACAUCCGCCGACUUGGUUCUUCGCACCAGUUGACUUCAUCCGGCGACGAUUCUGAAGGUUUAAUUCACGACGAGGGAUAUUGUGGCAUAUAAUUCCAAAUGGAUCGUCAUUCAACUCCUACACGAAGCGACCUGGAGUGCAUGCUACGUGAUGAAAAGGCAGAACCGAAGGCCCUGCCAUUAUCACUCCUGGAAGAUAUCACUAAUGGAUUUUCUGAGGAGCGGGAAAUUGGCAGAGGUGGAUUUGCAGUGGUCUAUAAGGGAAUGCUUGAGAAUGGGGCGGCCGUUGCGGUGAAGAGGAUAUCCAUACCAUUUAUGUUUGAGAAAGAAUUUCACCGAGAGGUUGAAUGUCUGAUAAAGGCAAGUCACCAAAAUGUGAUACGAUUUAUUGGAUAUUGUGCUGACUCACAAGGGAAAGCUGAAAGCUACGAUGGAAAAUUUGUGAUGGCAGAUGUACAACAAAGAUUACUCUGCUUUGAAUAUCUACCCCACGGAACUCUCGAUAAGUAUAUCACUGAUGUAUCUUGUGGACUUGACUGGAGAAAACGUUACAGGAUAAUCAAUGGGAUUUGCAAGGGAUUACACUACCUCCAUGAAAAUCGAAUUCUUCACCUGGAUCUUAAACCUCCAAACAUUUUGUUGGAUCAUAAUAUGCUACCAAAAAUUGCUGAUUUUGGUUUAUCAAGACGCUUUGAUGAAAAGCAAAGCCGGGCUAUUACUGCGAAUAUGUGUGGAACAUUUGGAUAUUUGGCACCAGAAUUCGUUAAUGGUGUAAUCACGUACCGGUUUGAUCUGUACAGUCUUGGUGUGAUAAUUAUAGAGAUACUCACCGGAAAGAAGGGGUACCACGAUGUUGAUGAUGUAAGAACAGUUUGGGUCCUCUUUCAGAAAAGAGCUCGACUUCAAAACUAAUGCAUUACUUUCUACAUUGUAGUUUUUCUAUUUUUAGACGCGACAUAAUAUCACUCAUUUAUUUUUUGUAAAAUAUACAUUAUGGACCAUAUAUUUGACCGAAAGACUUAAGAGAGCCUAC